AUGCCUGCAACAUUCGGAAACUAUGCGGGUACAGAAUCGAAGUCGCAGGCUUUCCAUUACUCCCAAGCUGUCAGAGUAGGGAGUAUUGUGCGAAUAUCAGGUCAGGGUGGCUGGGAUGCGGAAGGAAACGUAGCCCCGGAUGCUCCAAAGCAGGUCGAACUAGCGCUGGAAAAUAUUGAGAAAGCUCUUCAGUCGGUCGAAAAGAAUCUGUCUUGGAGAAACGUCUACGCUAUCCGAUCGUACCACACAAACAUCGACGAGUCUGCUGACAUGUGCAUCGAAGGCUGGCGGCGGGUUAUGCCUGAUCACCGGCCAGUAUGGACAUGUGUCGAGAUUACAAAACUUGGUAUUGAAGGCAUGCAAAUCGAAAUUGAGGUGGAGGCCCUAGUUGAGUAG